AUGCCGCACGCCACAGCAGCAACAACAGCGGUGACACCAGCGCCAUCAGCACAAUCACGAGCAGCAGUAUUGUUCGGAGCGGAAAACCACCCUCCUGUCGGAUCAAGCAGCGGAGUCAACCGUCUCAGGAAAAGGUCGAGGCUUUGCCUCGGCAAGCGUCGUCGCGCGUUGCCGGCGCAGCACGCGGCGGUUGGUCAGCCGUCUAUCGGCACAGCAGGCUCUCCGUCGUUCCAGGAACGAUUUCGCUCGCCCUUCACUUCGUCCGCUGCGCUCGCCCCCCCCGCCGAGGCCAUAGGCUACCCUUGGGGUGCAUCGCCGGGUUUGAGCGAGACCUGCCUCGAUAGGGCAGGAGUUCUCGCGCCGGCUGCUUGGACGAUUGAGCGCCCGUCAAGUGGGCCGUCGCCGCCGUUCGUUGGGCUCAAGAACCUGGGAGAGACGUGCUACGUGAAUGCCGUGCUGCAGGCUCUGACAGCGUGCCAUGGGGUGCUCACGUCGAGUCGCGGGGGUGGUGGUGGAUGGCACGACGUAGGGAGCGAGGGGUCAGAAGGAUCAUGUUCGACCCCACCAGCAGCCGACGCUGCACCUGCUGGUGCUGCUUCUGAGGGGACAGCGGUGCUGGUUGCGGGGGUAACGGGAACCCAAAGGAAUCCGGUGCUUGCUGCUCUGGAGCAGGUUCUGGGAGAGAUGGAAACACGCAACCGGGCGCUGUCUCAGCAGCAAUUGGUGGCCUUUGGGUCGCAGACGGCUGUUUCAUCGCCCGCUGAACCCGAGUCGACCGGCAGCGGUGCUACUAGUAGCCCGGAGUCCAAGACGUGCCAACCGUACGACCAAACGCCGCUCCGACCGAGCGCUUCGACGGGGGAAGGCGUUCUUGUUGAGGCAAUCGCGCCGACUUUUUUGGUAGAGCUGAUUCGUGGAGGGUGGCUGAGCGCUGACCGCUCGAGACUCGGAGGCGGGGGGGCGGGGGCUACGGGGUCGACUGAAUUCGGAACAGGGCAGGCGUGUGUCUCCGAGCUCUUGGGGAAGUUUCUCGGUCUCGUCGUCGACGACGGCGGCAGCGGGGCCACUUCUCUGGGCGGUGUUGGCGGGCGAAGGAGCGGCGGCAGCCACAGCAGUAGCUUCUGCUGCUUGGCCCAGGCGUUUCGCGGGACACUCUGCGCCCGUACUCUGUGCGUGGAGUGCGAGCGGGACAGAACCGCCCGCGAGGACUUCACCGAGCUAACCUUGCCGCCCCUCCUACCGCCUCCGCAGCACGCCCCACCUCUCACGGCGCAAGGAGCUAUACCGGCGGCCGAGAACGACGGCGGGCCUUCGCUCCGGGGGCGGCGCCGGACAAUGCAGACCCUCGUCGACGGGGUGUUCGAGGGAGAGUCCCUGGCGGGCAACAACAAGCUUUGCGAUUCGGGGGACGUUUUCUACGACCUGAUCGGCGUCAUCCUCCACCAGGGACAGACCCUUGCUUCCGGCCACUACACCUUCGCGCUUCAUGCCGCUGCUGGGGACUCGGCAUCGUUUCUGGAGCAGCAGCAGCAGCAGCAGGCGGACAGGGACAAUCGGGCGUUGGUGCAACAAGAACCGCCGGGGGCAGCCGCAGCUGGUUCGACGUGUGGAAAGCCGGGUUUCGCGCUUUUCGACGACGCCACGGUGGGGUGGUUGUCUCCGGAAGAGGAGCGCGCUGUCUUGAGGGGCGGCGGCGGGGUUUUUGGCGAUCCGUUCUUGGUGUUUUACGCUCGGCGGCCAUGACAUCGUGUUUGUCGUCGGUUCGGAAAACGGGUGGUUGGUGGAGUGUGAUUGUUGUGAUGGCGAGCGUGUACAUGGCGGCAAGGAAAUUUUAUCGUAAGUCUGGUAAAGCACAAUAAUUGUGCUGUGUAGAGUAGGUUCCCCAGAAGACAGCCGUAAAACUUGUCGCCGGAAAGAAGGCUUCGCGGAGAGAGCCUUCACCGCGUAGUUCCACCUCAUGUCGCAUGUUGAACAUGCUUGAUUUAGGUUUUUAUUUUAGCCCUGAUUGUUCGGU